AUGACAGCCGUCGUCUCGCCCGACUCGUCACCCCCAACCCCGACGACACCCCCGGCGUUAACCGCCUCGCCCGCGGCUCUCUCUCCCACAUCGGCCGACCCAAGCAGUCCCGCAUCUGCGGCGCAACAACAGCAACAACACCCCGCACUCCCCCCCCUAAUCACAACCAGCGGCUCGACAUCUCCCCCAACAACCCGUCGCAACAACAUCCCGCGCCCCAUGUCCCAAGGCUCCUCAAAACAUCGCCUCUCCCAGUACUCGACCGUCUCUUCCUUGCCAACCCGCUCCCGCCCCGGAUCCUACGUCUUCCCUUGCCACCCCUCCAGCCUGCCCUACACCUCCGUGCGCGACUUUGCCUACCCUGUCACGCAUCCUUUGCAUUACGGCCCGCCGCCCGAGCCGACCCAGCCGCCGACCCCAGCCGGGAGCGAGAAACGUCGCCUGUCGGACCCGCCUGCCUACUGGGAGAGCAAGACUAGCUGGGACGAGGGGGAAUCCUCCUCGUCAUGGUGUAGUUCUGGUUGGUUUCGGGCCUCAGCCGAGGUUCCGCCCCCCAUUAACCUUGCGGAUGGCCCACCGUGGAGCGAGGACGAGGACUUGCAGAGCCCCGUGGUGAGCACCCGGCACAGGAAGCACAAGAGCGGGUCUCACGGCAAGCGGCGCGGGAGCGCAGACAGCACGACCGCCGGGACCGGAGGCCUGCGGGACAGCGCUGGCGCGAACGGCGAGAACGGCUCCUUCACCAGCCAAACUGGCGGCUCACAAACAGCCAGCGGCCAAGCCGAACCCCAAUCCCGCACCUUCGACGGCGGCGACUGGGCCUCGGGCGACGAAGGCAACGACGACAGCGACUGCUCCUCCGACGAAUACUUCAACACCAACUCGUCGCGCUACUCGCGCGACUAUCAGUUCACGAUCGCCUCGCCCGACGAAGAGUUUCAUGGGAAAGCCGUCGCGCUCUUCGACUUCGAGCGCGAAAACGAGACCGAGCUGCCCCUUGUCGAGGGCCAGAUCAUCUGGGUGUCGUAUCGCUAUGGGCAGGGAUGGCUUGUCGCGGAGGAUCCUAAGACGCAGGAGAGGGGGCUCGUGCCCGAGGAGUAUGUUAGGCUGCUGAGGGAUAUUGAAGGGGGCAUGGGAAGCCUCAAUGCCGCUAUGUCGACGUCGGCGGACACGCCAGAUGCGGGGACCCCGACGCAGGCUGAUUCGGCGGGGUGGUCGACCGGGUCGAAUACGUCUGCUUCUGCUUCGGCUUCCGGAGCGAAUGGGUACCAUCAGCCGAUUGUCUCGACGUUUUCGACGUCGUCGAAGGAUCUGGAGCCGUACCCCCAUGAUUUGUUGGCGAGUACCACCGCCGGACAGCCGCCGCCUCCGGUGGUGCAUUAUCAUGGGCAGCCGGGGGGCGGUGGGGGAGGGGGGUGUGGCAGUAACAGUAGUAGUAGUGGGACAAGCCAGGCGAAUACGCCGACGCUGGCGGCGUAUCAGGGGAGUUGGUCGCGAAGGGGGAGUGUGGAAGCUAAGAAGAGGGAGAGUGAGAGUGUGCAGAAUGGGCAGGGGAAGAGGAAUAGUGCUGGUUCGAAUUCGACGAUGAUGGGGCAGGGUGCUGCGUUGGAGACAUUGUCGGAUGCGAGGUUGCAGGUGACGGCGGGGGGAAAGAGGGAAAAGUAG